AUGUUUUCCGGCACCUAUUCCACAACUUCGUUUCGGAAGUCCUUUCCACAACUUCCUUUCGGCAGUCUGUUCCACAACUUCGUUUCGGAAGUCCUUUCCACAACUUUCUUUCGGCAGUCUGUUCCACAACUUCGUUUCGGAAGUCCUUUCCACAACUUCCUUUCGGCAGUCUGUUCCACAACUUCGUUUCGGAAGUCCUUUCCACAACUUCCUUUCGGCAGUCUGUUCCACAACUUCGUUUCGGAAGUCCUUCCACAACUUCCUUUCGGCAGCCCUAUUCCACAACUUCGUUUCGGAAGUCCUUUCCACAACUUCCUUUCGGCAGCCUAUUCCACAACUUCGUUUUUGAAGUCCUUUCACAACUUCCUUUCGGCAGUCUGUUCCACAACUUCGUUUCGGAAGUCCUUUCCACAACUUCCUUUCGGCAGUCUGUUCCACAACUUCGUUUCUGAUGUCCUUUUCACAACUUCCUUUCGGCAGUCUGUUCCACAACUUCCUUUCGGAAGUCCUUUCCACAACUUCCUUUCGGCAGUCUGUUCCACAACUUCGUUUCGGAAGUCCUUUCCACAACUUCCUUUCGGCAGCCUAUUCCACAACUUCGUUUCGGAAGUCCUUUCCACAACUUCCUUUCGGCAGCCUAUUCCACAACUUCGUUUCGGAAGUCCUUUCCACAACUUCCUUUCGGCAGCCUAUUCCACAACUUCGUUUCGGAAGUCCUUUCCACAACUUCCUUUCGGCAGUCUGUUUCCACAACUUCGUUUGGAAGUCCUUUCCACAACUUCCUUUCGGCACCUAUUCCACAACUUCGUUUUGGAAGUCCUUUCCACAACUUCCUUUCGGCAGCCUAUUCCUUCGUUUAUAGGAAGUCCUUUCCACAACUUCCUUCGGCAGCCUAUUCCACAACUUCGUUUCGAAGUCCUUUCCACAACUUCCUUUCGGCAGUCUGUUCCACAACUUCGUUUCGGAAGUCCUUUCCACAACUUCCUUUCGGCAGUCUGUUCCACAACUUCGUUUCUGAUGUCCUUUCCACAACUUCCUUUCGGCAGUCUGUUCCACAACUUCCUUUCGGAAGUCCUUCCACAACUUCCUUUCGGCAGUCUGUUCCAUAACUUCGUUUCGGAAGUCCUUUCCACAACUUCCUUUCGGCAGCCUAUUCCACAACUUCGUUUUGAAGUCCUUUCCACAACUUCCUUUCGGCAGCCUAUUCCACAACUUCGUUUCGGAAGUCCUUUUCCUUUCACAACUUCGUUUCGGCAGCCUUCCUUUCGGCAGUCUGUUCACAACUUCGUUUCGGAAGUCCUUUCCACGUUUCGGCAGCCUAUUCCACAACUUCCGCAUUGGAAGUCCUUUCCACAACUUUCGGCAGCCUAUUCAACUUCGCUGGAAGUCCUUUCCACAACUUCCUUUCGGCAGCCAACUUUCGUUUCGGAAGUUCUUUCCACAACUUCCUUUCGGCAGCCUAUUCCACAACUUCGUUUCGGAAGUCCUUUCCACAACUUCCUUUCGGCAGCCUAUUCCACAACUUCGUUUCGGAAGUCUGUUCCAAAAAUUCCUUUCGAAAGUCUGUUCCACAAAUUCCUUUCGACAUCUGUUUAG